UCUGAACUUACUGUAGUGGGGGACAAUUAUUUUUUUUACACAGGGCCAGGUUGGUGCGGAUGUGUAAUGUGAAGAAAUGUGUAAGGAGGAAAAUACUUUUUCACAUAACUGUUGAUCAUUACAAAUCACCAAGAUAUAAUCGACUUUUUAAACAAUUAUAUACGACAGUAGUUUGUACUGAAUCUGAAUAAAAAAUGUAACAAAGCUCCAUUUUGAGCUGAGGAGCUAGGCUAGGCUAGGCUAGGCUACAUUAGCUAAUCAAUCAUCUCCAAGGAGACGAGUGUCGGAGUCUGCGCAGUGCGGAGCGGUGGGUGGGGUUACCAGAUCACCAGCAGCGGAGAGCGGCGCUCCACACAGAGCCGUGGAGAGUCUCUAUCGGCGGCCAGAGAAAGUCCGUCCAGGCGCGUCACGCCGGUUCAUUCUCACAUUAUUAACCGAUGGCUGCGGAGGAGAAACGGAAAACGGCGCUUCAGGCUGUACCGGAAAGCGCUCCUGCUCUUCCAGCGCUUAGCAACCAUAACAGCAACAACAACAACAAUAACAACAACAACAAAGACAGUGAGGCGAGCGAAGGGGCGGCAUCCACCGCCACGGCGGCGCCCGUUGAGGCGAGCGGCGCGGAGAACAGCCUUGCGGGCGGCGGCUGCGGCGGCAAGGGGGCUAGCGGGGGGAACGGAAACGGCAAGUGGGUCCGGCUGAACGUGGGCGGCACGGUGUUUCUGACCACACGGCAGACGCUGCUGAAGGAGCAGACCUCGUUUCUGUACCGCCUGUGCCAGCAGCAGGACCUCCAUUCUGACACGGAUGAAACGGGCGCCUACGUGAUCGACAGAGACCCGACGUAUUUCGGUCCUAUACUCAACUACCUUCGGCAUGGGAAGCUAGUGUACAACAAGGAACUGGCUGAAGAAGGUGUCUUGGAAGAGGCGGAAUUCUACAACAUAACUCCAUUAAUAAAAUUAAUUAAAGAGAGGAUCCUAGAACGGGACUGUAAAGCCUCCCAGCAGGUACCGCCGAAGCACGUGUACAGGGUGUUGCAGUGCCAGGAGGAAGAGCUGACCCAGAUGGUGUCCACCAUGUCGGACGGCUGGAAGUUUGAGCAGGUCAGCGUGCGCGCCUGCCGAAAGCCCCGCCCCGGACUGCUCUGGACUAUGGUGAACAUCGGCUCGUCCUACAGCUACGGUACUGAGGACCAGGCUGAAUUUCUCUGUGUUGUGUCCAAAGAGCUGCACACAUCUGGCAGUGGUCUGGGUACUGAGCAGAGCCACAAGACUAAGACAUCAGAGACUCAGGAGGAGGAAGGAGCAAAGGAGGAGCAGGGCGAGCAGCAGGAGGAGGAGAGAGAGAGAAAUGCCAGCCCCAAUGAGUGGAUUAGAGAUUAGGAGGCUUGUGUCACUGUUCCAAUCACAGCGAUGGCUUUUCCAGAUUCAUGGAUCUCGGAUGUAGAGUACAUUUAUUUUGACUUUUGUCAAGUUUUUAGAUCCUGUUUUCUAUCAUAAUUCCUUUAUAGAAUUACAUAAUUGUCCCUCUCAGAAGGCAGUGGGAGAAAAUGAUCCAGCUUACAACCAGCAGCAUAAAGACACAAGAAGAAGUUUGGAACUGUGUAUAAAGGAUGUCUUAACAGGAGAUGUUAAGGUAUUUGGGAGAAAGUAUUACUGCUUAACGAAAGGAAGCAUGUGCAUCUUAGUAACCUGUGACCAAAGAUCAACCUAAUUGUGGAAUACGAUUGGCAAUUAACAAUACAAAGCUGUACAAUUUUUUUGCUGAGUUUUAGUGCUGUAUCAUGUCUGGCAGUAAAAAGGCACCAGUCAUGUACUGUUAGGUCCUGCUAGCAUGUGUGCAUCAGCCUUAGUGGACAUGUCCUUACAGUGUCACCCUGGCAUGAUGCCAGCAUCACUCUGCCCACAGCAGAAUAAAAGCCAAGGGAGUGCUGCAGUGCUAUAAGCUAACACUGGACUACAGGAUGAUAAUGUGAGGUCAGAUUGUUGUAGGUUAAGGUAGUAGACAGAGUUUUCUGUCCUGAAGAAAAAGGUCCUAUUUAUUUAACGCAGAAGGCCUCAAUUAAAGGAGUACUCAUGAAUUUUUCAGCCAAAUCUCUAUCUGGUCCAUCUGUAGUGUAUCUGUGGUCAGUUACUACUGUUAGAACAGAAAACAGAUCUGCCGGCUAUGUGAACAGAUUUUCUUUUUCUUUCUAAAUACAGGAAAACAGCCUGAAAGGUAGGAAGGGUUUAAAUGCAGACUAGAAUUAUGAACUGGAUCCACAUCUAACUAUUUUUUUACAAAUAGUAUAUAGACUGAUUAAAAGGCUCCAAAAUGCUGUGGUGGGUGGGAGGGGUACUUUCUUUAACGUGACUCCAAAUAGAUAAAUACUUUAUUGAUCCCAGAGGGAAAUUCUGGUUGCCUCUGGGGAAAUCCACUCAGCUUUGGGAUCCGAUAUCAGCUAUUUAAAACUACUUUGUUUUUUGCAACUGUACUCUAACAGUGUGCUUUGUGUCCUUUAGGUACCAAUAACUAACUACCUGUUUAGCCCACCGGUUAAAAAAAAAAAGUCUGUAGUCUGCAGUAGGGACACAAUUAUGUUAAUCGUAUUAGAAAACAUUAUGAACUAAGGAUAUCAUCACAUGCUUUCUUUUAUUUAACGUUAGCUAAGACACUUUGUGCUUUUGUUCACUGGCAGUUGGUUCAAUUUGGAUCAAUUACAGUAUGUAAUUUAUGUGAAAAUAGGCAAUGUGUCAUACAAUCUGUAAUGUACAGUUCCAGUUCAUUGUUAACUUAAUAUUGGAAUGCAAAUAGCUACAGACCAUUUGUUUUUGCUAAUGCCCAUAGUAACUGACCGUGUGCUACAGAUUGAGCAGAGAGAUAAGGUUUAAAAUAGAAAUGCUGGAGAGUUUCUGUAAGAUUCAACUUAAACAGCAAGCCUCAGUUCUACACAGAAUAAUGCGAAUGAGAAUAAGCACAUUGUGCUUCCUUCAGGUGAAGGUUAGCUCAGCGUUCCUCUGUGUUUGUGCUGUAAUCAGUCUGAGCUUGUUCAGAACCCAUUAUGUAGUUUUGUUUGUUUUCUUUUUAUGUGAAGACUAAAGCAUGUUAAGGGUCUGUAUUGUAACACUAUGAAAUGUGUGUGCAUUUCCAAUCAUUCUGAAUGUUAAAAUGGUUUACUCUGCGAUACCCAUCCUCAGUGCCCAGCCAAGAGGCAUUUUUUAAUCAUAAUGUUAGAAUAGGCCAGUGCUUUAGUGGGUCAGUCAAUUCCAAUUAGGGGUGUGUGUGUGUGUGUGUGUGUGUGUGUCGACUAAAAAGACAGCAUGUCCUUAGUAGAGCAUAUUGAAGUACUGGAAAGGGAGCAAUCCAAUUUUGUUGUUCAAUUAACACACUUUUUUAGAGUGUAUAUCAAUAACAUGGCUUAGAUGUGAAGCAUUUUUUUUUCUUGAAUCAAUACACUGUGCUCUACUGUGGUCAACAUUAGAAAUAUUUUGAUUUUUUUUUUUUUUUUUUUUUAAGAAGCGCCUCUUAUUUAUGAACACAAAAAGCCAUGACCCUAUACAGUAGAUUUAAUUUAACUUCAAUAGAACAAUUGGUUUGUUUUUUAUUAUUUUAAGCCUUAUGAUGAAUUAUUCUGUUAUGAAAUACUUCUUUGUGUUGAAAUCCGUUGCAUUUGGUUUUGCACAUCGGGUUCCGGGUCAGAGUAAUGGAUUACCGGUAAAUGACCUCAACUGUAUUUUUGUUUUGUUUUUUAAAUGCCUUUUUUGUGGAAAAAAGUUGUGAAUGUGUUUUAUAAGGUCACUGAGUCACUCCUAAACCGUUAAGUUUAUACUAAUGGAUGUUUGGAGAUGAUACUCUGGUAAAGUUUGCCCUCUGUACAGUAACUAAGAUUUCUUUCUGUAUUUUUUUGCCUUAUUUUUGGAUUUAUUUAUUCAUUGUUUGUACAGAACAUACUGUUUACUUGUUUACUUUAAUUUCUUUUUUUGCCUUUUUUUAUUUAUUUUUGUAGUUGAUUUGGUAAAUCUGAACUAGCUGUUCCAUGUGUAUAAAUCAUAGAUUUGCUUAUCAGUUUAACAUUACAAAGAUUUUAUGAAAAACAGAUUAGAAAUUUCCUUGUGUGAUAAACAAUCAAGUUUGUAGUCUUAACAUUUAUUGUUCAUAAAUAUUGUACAUAGACCAAAGAAAUUUGGAUCAGUGCAUUUUCCAAGACUAUUUUGUUAAGCAUACAAAACAAUCACAUUUACACUAGAAAAUCCAUGCAUCGUUGUGUGACUAGCGGAUAAACGCAGCAUUCAAAUAAAUUCUUUUUUCAAAUAAAAGAAAA